AAAAGGCGAGUGGAUUUUGGCAGGCAGUGAGUGCGGACCAACGAUUGAACGAUAACAAGAACGGCUCUCACCAAGUAGGACUCGGUUCCCCUCGGUCGUACCAAACAGCCGUUCAAAAGAAUCGGCUCGUUCGCGACCGACACAUCACUACUGUUUGUAGUCACUUGACGUCUCUCUGAGGAACAAAAAGGUAGUGGAGAAGUCAGGAUAAAGAGUGAAGUGUAGAGAAUUAGCAACAAAGAUGCAUUUCAAAGUACGGGCUGCAACAAAAGAAGACUGCAAAGAAAUAUCGAGAAUGAUAUUGGAAUUGGCGGUUAAUGAAAAAAUGCCCGACCAAGUGAAGAUAUCCCAUGAAGAACUGGAGCGGGACGGUUUUUGCCAGAAUCCUUCCUUUGAAUGCCUCGUUGCAGAAGUGCCUGAGGAGAAUAAAUCUAAAGAUGGAUUCACAGUAGUUGGAUAUGCCCUUUACUUUUACACUUACAGUACAUGGAAGGGGCCGACAAUGUUUUUGGAGGACCUGUACGUGAUGCCAGAAUUCAGAGGAAAUGGAUUUGGAAAGGGUUUACUGUGCAAAGUCGCUAAGGUGGGGAAGGAGAAGCAGUGUAUGCGGCUGCAGUUAUCAGUGCUGGACUGUAAUACCCCAGCCAGAGACUUCUACGCUGCUAAAGGCGCUCAGGACCUCACAGACAGCGAAGGAUGGCACUGUAUACGCUUUGACGGACAAAACCUGGACAAUUUAGCCAAUGAGGCUCCAAAAGAUUAAAUGUCUGCCGAGGAAAACAUGUAUCUUGCUCUGAAAACAUGUCACUGGUAUUGAAACAGUGCCAAAUUAAGCUUCACUAAACCUGGCAUGCUCCUGGUUUAACAAUCAUGAAAAAAAUUAUGUUUCUUAUUUACAGUGACCUACAUGAAAUCUAUCAUUUUAUAUACUCAUCUUUUUAAUAAAGUACCUUUGACCCUCAUUCCUUUUGCAGUCAUGGAUAAUCUUUGUCUCCUUUCAGUGAAGAACAAUGUUUGUAUGCAUUUACAUUAUUAUUAUCGCCUAAAUAUGUUUAAAUCCUUAAAAUCAAACAAUCAUGUUUCAUAUUUACAAAAACCUGCAUGUAAUCUAUAUACUUUUAAUCAAACCACCUCUGACCUUCCUUCAUUUCACAGUUAUGGUUAAGCUUUGUCACCUUUCAGUGAUGAGUGCUCAUUUUCUUUGUAAUUUCAUUAUACCCAAAAAAUGUUUGCAACUUUCAUAUCAAUAUUUGUGAAAGUGUAAAAAGAAUAUUUAGACAGUGAUCUAGUCCUGAGUUUAUUUCCUACUUUAUUUCGUGUCGGUGAUGAUGGUUAAAGAUUGUGAUCAGUUUGGCCAAUGAAGCUCCACAAGAUUAGAAGUCAGCCAAGGAAAAAAAAAUGUUCUCGUUACAAACAAUGUGUUUGGUUAUAAAACAUUGCCAAUUUAAACUUCACAACCUGGGACCUCACUGCCUUUUUUUCUUGUGGUUCAUCAUCAUUAUGUAUCAUGUUACAUAUUUACAAAAACGUGUGUGUAAUCUAUAUGCUUUUAAUUAAACAACCUCUGACCUUC